UGUGCGUUGCCGCGUCGUGUGCAUCUGCUCUUGAAGUGUCGUCGACUGCUGUUUAAACUCUUCACGUACUUUUAAACAUUGACGACUUUAAACCAAUACUUUUAUGUGAACUACUCAUAUAUUUUUAUAUAUAAAAAGGAUAGCUUUAAUAAUAAUUUAAAGUGUGUUUAGUUCUUUAAACAAUGGUACAGUUUCAAGUGGUUGACAUAAGUGUGUGUUUUAACUUGUAGUUCAGAGUGCUGAAAUGGCCUACAGGACAGCUUUAACGCUUCUAUUGUGCUGCCAAGCCGUUCUGCACACACCGGCCAAGAUCACUCAGGAGGAAAUAGUGUCUGUAUCGUCGACAGAGGCAGUGGCGGGCAGCACGGCAAGACUCCCGUGUGACGUCACACCACCCCUACCUGGCGACAAGAUCCAUCUUGUCAUCUGGUACAAGGAGCCUGACGAUGCUCCGAUUUAUAGUGUGGACGCCCGAGGUAGGUUAGUGGAACACGCCAUCCACUGGGCCGAGAACGCGACUCUGGGAGGCAGAGCCAACUUCCGGUUCCUUGACGUGCCCGCCAAACUGACCCUAGACGAUGUACAGGAUGCGGACGGCGGAGUAUACCGCUGUCGGGUGGACUUCAAGAAGUCUCCCACCAGAAACUCUAAGGUCAACCUCACCGUCAUACUGCCUCCCCAGCGACUAGUUGUAGUGGACGAGAGAGGAGACAAUAUCCAUCACUACAUGCUCGGACCUUACAACGAGGGCAUCCCCGUCGACAUAUCCUGCACAUCCGUGGGAGGCAGACCUCUGCCACGAGUCACGUGGUGGCAGGAGAAUGCGCUGGUGGAUGACUCGUACGAGGCGAUUGCAGACAGGAGAGUACGCAACGUGCUACACAUAGAGCGACUAGAGCGGAGACACCUGCACAUGGUGUUUACGUGCCAGGCGGCCAAUAACAACUACGCAGCGCCCAUAUCUACAGCCAUUACCCUCGACAUUAACCUGAAGCCGCUGUGGGUGAGGUUACAAGGGACCAACUCACCUUUAUCUGCGGACCAGACCCAGGAACUGUCCUGUGAGGUCGUGGGGGCGCGCCCUCCCCCUGUCAUAACGUGGUGGAAGGGGAGCAUUCCUCUCAGAAAUACCAAGGAAAAGACUUCUGACGACGGAAAUGUGACGGUUAGCACGCUGCAGUUCGUGCCGACCAUCGAGGACUCCGGUAAGAUCCUCACUUGUCGCGCUGUCGCACCUCUCAUUGACGAGACUGGUCUAGAGGACGGCUGGCAACUGAACAUACAUCAUGUUCCAAUCGUCUCCCUGGAGUUAGGUGGAAAUGUGAAUGCAACUGCAAUACAGGAGAGCAUGGACGUGUAUUUUGAGUGCAAUAUCAAAUCCAACCCUUGGGUGUAUCAGAUCACGUGGCUUCACAACAGCCAGGAGAUACAGAGCAACUCUAGUUCUGGUGUCUUGGUCAGUAACCAGAGUUUAGUCCUGCAGGACGUCACCAGGAUGCGCGCUGGUCGUUACACCUGCCUCGCAGUGAACCAGGAAGGCGAAGGGGAGAGCAAUACCGUAUAUCUGGACGUCAAGUUCCCGCCAGUGUGCAGGCAGGAGCCGGUGAGACUGGUAGGUGUGGCCCGUAUGGAGACCGUGAGGGUCCUGUGUGAGGUGGAAGCUAACCCCGGGGAUGUCCAGUUCUCCUGGAUGUUCAACAACAGCGCGGGUAGCCGGGAUCUGCCUCCUAGUAACUGGACAUCUGACAGGACUCGCAGCACUGCCAGCUACACUCCCAGGACCGAGGGGCAGUACGGCUCAUUGCUCUGUCGAGCUAGGAACCGCCUGGGACUACAGGCUGUCCCUUGUGUUAUUAACAUUGUGCCAGCUGGGAAGCCUGAUGGCGUAAGCAACUGUUCUAUUGUGAACCAGACGGAAGAGGCCCUGCAGGUCGAAUGUGAACAGGGGUUCGACGGCGGGUUGCACCAGCAGUUUGUCCUCGAGGUGUACGACUCUGACAAUCAGGAACUCCUCAGCAAUUACACGGCCGAAACUCCUUGGUUCUGGGUCACAGGGCUGUCCCCCGGGCUGACCCUGCGGUUGGCGGUGUUCGCGUACAACACAAAAGGGCGCAGCGAGGUCACUGUUCUUACCGCGUUCACCCCUAAGGUUGACCGGCAGAUUGACGGCUUUCCCUUGCAGCUAGCGACGACACCGAUGGUAGUGCAGCUUACGCCGCUGCUUGGAGUAGUUGCGGGGAUGGUACUAUCACUUGUACUGAUAGCAUUGGCUGUGCUCGUAGCGCUGAGACUGCGGGGAGGACGGCAGGGAGAGAGAAAGGCUGGCGAAAAGCCGGCCAGUGGCAGUCUCGAGAGCGUAGAGAAAAAUCCUGACAUCAUUCCCCUAAACAAUGGUACAGAUUCCCAAAUAGGAGAUGGAAAGAAGACUGAAGAAAAUCGUAUAUACUAUGAAAAUGAUCCCGUCCUGAAAAAUACAGUGGAGGAGAUAACGUACGCAGACUUGGCGCUGCCCAGCGGCGUUUACACGAAGUUGCUGGUGCCUCAGCCUCCUCCUGAGCCUGCGAUAUAUCCCCAGGGAGACAGUGGUGGGGGCGGUACCGACCUAGGAAUGGGUAAAACACUGUCUCCCCACCAUGUCAGAAUAUCGUCCUUCACCAAGGAGAGCUCGGUAUAGCACCCAUACAUUGUUUGCAUGAACAGUGAAGAGAAACCGGAAGAAAGCCUUGGACUGCAAGUUGUUCCUCAGAUAGCGACACGCUUUUGACACAAUGAGACGGAACGUUCCACGGCUUACACAGAAUGUUGAAGACUUCGUCACCAGAAAGUGUUCACCAUCAGCUCAACCAGAGUCAUUUCUUUUAGUUUUCACAUUUAGUUUUAUUUACCUCAAGCCAAAGUCUUAGGUUAUUUCUUUCCUACGAAAACGAGAUUCGUUAUUAAUUGUUUAAUUAUUAAUAUUACAUUUUGUCCUGUACUAUUUCCAACAUAAAUAAAGGUAGGAGUAACUGUUAGUUUGGAAGAUAUACUUUUCUUUCCUUUUUGAAGCCAAUCAGUUUUUUUGAAAAAAAAGUUAGCCACAAGAAAACUGAACAGAUUUAAUGAAACUAUUUUAUGAUUUUAAGAGACGAGGAUUGUCGCUAUAAAGAGGCUGUAUAUUAUCUCAACAGCAUAAUCGUUUUGGUAGAUACAAGCUAAAGUUCCAAAACGAUAAGGCUCAUAUUCUUUAAAACCAUUGUGAUUCAACCACCAAAAGCCGGUUAUGGGUGUGCUGCUUCGCUUCACGUUGUCUGAUUAUAUUUUCCUGAGAUAAUUGCCAUACCCUGUAUUAAAUACCAUAGUAUAAACAGAUUAUUUUCCGUACGGAAUAAUGCCAGUUAUGUGUCCCUAUACUGCUAAAUAAAAUACUUCAUUUCAUAGAAGUAAAUCGUUUCCAAAUCAGUUAUUUUAUUCUUCCACAGAAUAUAUAUAUUUGUUUAUGAGAAACAAUCUAAUGAUUUUUAAAUUCAAAGUGUUAUUCGUUUAUUUUAAUAAUAGCUUAUAGCGAAAUUUGCUAACCAUAAGUUGUACAAUAUUGGAAACUCUCAUUUGUCUAUACACGGAGAAAGAUUUGAAAAAAUGCAAAAACAGAUUCUUGGCAGCAAUCGAUUGGGGAAAAUCUUUUAGGUUUAUAUUAAAUAUUAAGUUUUAUUUUAUGGUAAAAUAUUUGUAGGAGUAGCAGUUAACUAUAACAUAGCCAGGGAGAUGAUUGAUCAUUACUUUACGUGUGAGACGUUGUCGUCUUUGUGAUGUAUCAAGUGACCUAUUUAGAGCAUAUAUUUGAUUUCGUUUUUCCAUUUUUGUUAUAUAAAUGUUACAGUAUUUUUCUUAUACUGAGAGCUUGAGCAGUUUUAUUUUUCACCAAUAACACUCGCUCACUGCAACAGGUAUUCUUGUAUUGAACAGACUUCAUGUGUGAUUUUUUGUAAUGUUUGUGGUUUUUGAAUACAUACUUUGUAUAUAAAUUGUAUAAAUAAAUUUGUAUUACGAUUUCGUAA